AUGUUCCGCCGUCAACGUCCCACCACAACCACCACUCGUACCACCAAACCCAGUCUAUUGACUCGUCUUCGUGGCCCUAAUGCUCGCACUCGGACAGUCAAAACAAAGACUACCACGACCCGCCAUGACGGCGCCUACGGUCGUACUAACGCCACUGCUCCGGCGCAUCAUCACCGUCGAAAGGUCACACUGGGAGACAAGGUGUCGGGAGCCAUGCUGAAGUUGAAAGGGACUUUGACACAUAGACCGGCAGUAAAGGCCGCUGGCACUCGUCGGAUGCAUGGCACUGAUGGACGUGGAAGCCAUCAUCGUCGUGCUUAUUAUUGA